AUGCAACAAUAGCACAUAUUCAUGAUGCUAAUGCAGAAGGUAUAACAGGUGCAGUCACUUUUUUCUCAAAUGUUCCACUUGGACUUACAGCAGAAGGAUGCCCAACUAAUGCAGUACCAGUUGCACCAAAUGCUGAAGGAGAUGUUCCUAUUAUUCUAGCAGAAAUACGAUUUGAACAAAGGCUUUCACCUGAUAUUAGAGAUGAAAUUUAUAGAAUUGGUCAAACAAAACCCAUUAACAAUAUUAUUGAUAAAAAACCUCAGCAAGCAUUUUACAUAGUAGAUCAAGAAGGUAAUAAUAUGGAUCCACUUUCCCAAGAUUCAGAUUACCUUAAAUAUCUCGAGCAAGCAAAAGCCUUAUAUAAAAAACUACAAAGAUCCAACCAAUCUGUUAGAAUUGAUAGAAUAGAAGAAGGGCUUAAUGAAAUUCAAGAUACUAUAAAUCAGUUAGCAGACCAAUUACAAAAAAAAGUGUAUAUAAAGAAAUAUGAAAUUUGUAAAGAAACAGACCAUAGCAAGGGCAAAUGCCCCAAUCAAUCUAUGGUCCAAUCUAAUUAUACUCAAUUAUAUUUUACAUCUCUUAAGCCAAUAUAUCCUCAAUAUAUACUUCCUAAUUCAGAUGAUAGUGAGGAGGAUGAAGAAGGAGGACAUAAGAAUGUACCAAUAUCUAUAAAAUAUAAAAAUAAAUGGGUUACUGAAACAGAACAUGUUGUUAUUGAUAAUGGAAAACCCAAUUACCUUCUUUUUUGUAGAAAAUCUUAUAUUAUUUCAACCUUUACUAAGCCAAUUAAGGAUAAUGUUUUAUCAAGCCUUUAUACAACAGUGAUUCAGGAUAAUAAUUCAAAAAAUCAAACUUUUGAUUCUUCUACCAAGAUUGAUACUAAAGAGAAGCCAGCAUCUAAUAAGGAAAAAGAGUUUCAAAUCUCUGAUUUAUUCACUAAAGAUCUAAAAAAAAAACAUAAUAGAUUCUGA